AUGUGGGUUAAAUUGACCUCUCAGCAUUCCGCUAGAGCAGAUUACACCAUUCAUCAGAGAUGGCAGGAACUCUACAAUUUCAAGUACGAUUCUGAAAAAAACGUUACAUCCUACAUUAACGGGAUUUUGUCCAUCGCCAACCAACUAAGAGAAAUGAAUGAGCCAGUUCCUGAGAGGCAAAUUCUUAACAAAAUCCUAGCCUCUCUUCCACCAAACUUUAGAAUGGUGCGUUCCGCAUCUACAGUCGUACCAGUCAACGAGAGAACUAUCGAUAAUCUCACUCGGAGAUUAGUGGCAGAAGAGAGUGUGAUUGCAUCAUAUGAGUCUGAAUCAAAGAACGAGACGUCCAGGGCCUUCCGCGCUUAUAACCAUUCGUCCAUCCGACGAUCAAGAGGCGGUCACCAAGCUGGAAGAGGUGGAUAUCCCGGUCUUCGAGGAAACUUGCAAAAUGCCAGGAGAGGAGCAGCUAAUCGCUACAAUACUGCAUAUCACCACGACCAAGGGGAGCGAUCAAAAUUUCAAAAUCAAGAAUUUGAAUGUGAUCUCUGUGAGGUAGACACCCACAAAACGGCAGACUGUUGGAAACUGGCAAGAGCACGAGCGAUCCUAAAGGCAGGUAAGGGAGACAACUUCCCUAACAUGAAAAAUCAAGACUCAGCCUUUCCAGCCUCCACAUCUAAAGAUCAAGACCCACCACCCUCUGAUCAAGAAAUGUAUGAAGAACAAUCCAGCACCACAAAGUCAUCGCAUAAUCAAGACUCAGCAUUCCCGGCAGCAGCAUCCUUUGCUGCUAGGAGCAUCUUGGAUUGGUUCGCUGACUCAGGAGCAACGCAAUACAUGACAUACCACAAGUCACUAUUGAAAAACUACAGGCCGGUUUCUCCAGGAUCAUGGACGGUGUCAGGUAUUGGUGAAAAAUUACUUGAUGUACAUGGAGUUGGAGACGCUGAAGUAAUAGUAAGCGUAAAUGGUGAAGAAAAAGUAGUGGUAAUUCAGAAGAUUUUAUACUUGCCAAGGCUAGGCACCAACCUUUUCUCUAUCGGGAAUGCCACUGAAGAUGGAAUGGAGGCAGUGUUCAUAGACAGCCAGGUCUAUUUUUUCCGAAACGGUGAAGUAGAAAUCACCGGUAAGCGCACCGGUAGGACCUUAUAUCAUCUAAACAUCAAGUCCCAACUUAAUUCCAACGACACAGCCUACUCCGCUACCAAAGGAACACCUAUAGAUAUAUGGCACCAGAGGCUGGCCCAUGUCAACACAAGAACCAUCCGAAGAAUGUUCUCUCAUAAUCUGGUCGAUGGACUCGACCUGAAUCAAAAGUGUGAAGUAAAGUCAUCACCAUGCUGGUGGUGUGCAAAAAGUAAAAUGCACCGUGCCGUCUUCAUAAGGAUCCUUGUGUUUACUACCGUAACCAGCCUGGUGGUGAAUUCACCAUCGUCAUUAUAUAUGUUGACGAUGGUCUUAUCUGUAGCAAUGUACCGGGCACGAUAA